GGGGAAGGGUGGAGGCGUGCAUGGCGGUGUUGGUCGUGAAGCAGUGGUGAGGCCUGUGCGUUAAGGGCCAUGCACAGUGACACGAGCCUGCGCCCUGGAAAUCGAGGGCAGUUCGUGUGCCUCGAGAACUUACGUGUCUUGGGUGAGCUAAACAUGUGUGGUAGAUAAGGAGUUUUAAUAUUUAUUGUGAAAAAAUGGAUAGACUUGAUUUUAUGGUGUCAGAAGGCUGUCCCAUGGUGUUGUGCAAGGAAGGGAACAGCAACAGCGGCAAGCGAGUGAAUGAAUCCCAGCCGAUCAGAAUGACUAGUGUAGUUGAGCUGUGAAAAACUCCCUGUCGGAAUCACUGACGCUUAAAUGUUUAACAGCGACAGCACGAGUACUAUGUCUUGAAAAGAGAGUGGAAGAUAAAAGACAACGAAUAAACAAAGAUUAGAGACAAUUCACCGCGAGAAUCGUUUCGCAAACGUGGCGAUGAGCCAGUCUCGCCCGUCGCGCCCCACGGAUCACUGGAAGGCGUCGCUGUAGAGGCGAGUGGGUGAGCACGCGGCGGCGGCGGUAGGGUGUGGAGAGGCGUGGUGCGAGCGGGUGCUUGCGUGCAUCUCGUGUCACGAUGAUGACCCAGAAGAUGUGGAACCGCCUCCACUCUCUAUACAACAAGAUGGUGAGUGGCGUGGGCGGCAUGAGCGAUCACGCCCACGAGGCGGAGCGGGGCAGCAGGCGCUCCCUUGAGGCCACGACCGUCAGACUGAAAGGCAGAUGGUUCCACCCGAAUAUCUCGGGGCUGGAGGCCGAGGUCCUUCUGAAGGAGCGUGGGAUCGAAGGCUCCUUCCUGGCUCGGCCAUCCAAAUCCAACCCUGGCGACUUCACACUUUCAGUACGACGGAAUGGCGAAGUGACUCACAUAAAAAUCCAGAAUAUGGGUGACUUCUAUGAUCUGUAUGGAGGGGAAAAGUUUGCUACCCUCGCUGAAUUGGUCCAGUAUUAUAUGGAGAAUCAAGGCCAGCUAAGGGAAAAGAAUGGAGAGAUCAUCGAACUCAAAUAUCCACUGAACUGUGCAGAUCCAACAACUGAACGUUGGUUCCAUGGCCAUCUGUCAGGUCGUGAGGCAGAGAAACUCAUACUGGAGAAGGGUAAAAAUGGAAGCUUUCUUGUCAGGGAAUCACAGAGCAAACCAGGAGAUUAUGUUCUCUCUGUUCGCACUGAUGAUAAGGUCACUCAAGUUAUGAUCAGAUGCGUGCAGGACAACAAAUAUGAUGUUGGAGGAGGGAGGAAAUUUGACACCCUUAGUGAAUUGGUUGAACACUACCGAAGAAAUCCAAUGGUGGAACAGUCUGGUACUGUGGUUCCUCUAAAGAUGCCUUUCAAUGCCACAAGAAUCAAUGCACGUGGCAUUGACAGCAGAGUCAGAGAAUUAUCGCGUCGACGCCAAACAAGUUUUGACCCAUCAUUACAGAAGGAGCAUCAGGGACCCACUAUGGGGAAGGCUGGAUUCUGGGAGGAGUUUGAAUCUCUGCAACAACAAGAGUGUAAGCAGCUCUACUCACGCAAGGAAGGCCAGAAGCCUGAGAACCGUAACAAAAACCGCUACAAGAAUAUUUUACCUUUUGACCACACAAGGGUCAUACUGAGAGAUACAGAUCCUGGGAUUCCAGGGUCUGAUUACAUAAAUGCUAAUCUUAUCACUAGUGAAGAAGAUUUGGGCAGUGAAGCCAAAACUUACAUAGCUACACAGGGAUGCUUGCCUUCCACAUGUGCAGAUUUCUGGUGGAUGAUCUGGCAGGAAAAUACAAGAGUUAUUGUCAUGACCACAAAAGAAGUUGAAAGAGGAAAGAACAAGUGUGGACGUUACUGGCCUGAGGAAGGUGCAAGCAAGGAGUAUGGUCGUAUCACUGUCAGAAAUGUGUCGGAGAGUUCCAACAAUGACUAUAUCUUACGAGAGUUUUUGGUGUCAAAAGACAGUCAGCCUGAGAGAAAGAUUUUCCACUAUCAUUUUACAGCAUGGCCAGAUCAUGGUGUUCCGUCCGAUCCAGGAUGUGUUCUUAACUUUCUUCACGAUGUUAACAAGCGCCAGGAAGAAAUCACAUCAGCUGGGCCAAUUGUUGUCCAUUGCUCAGCAGGCAUUGGGCGUACUGGGACAUUCAUUGUUGUGGAUAUGAUCCUAGAUCAGAUCAAAAGACAAGGCCUUGACUGUGAGAUAGAUAUCCAGCGAACCAUUCAGAUGGUAAGGUCUCAACGCUCAGGAAUGGUGCAGACAGAAGCCCAAUACAAGUUCGUAUACUUGGCUGUCCAGCAUCAUAUAGAAACAGUUCAGCAACGUAUUUCAGCAGAGCAGAAGAGUUUACAGCUUGGCAGAGAGUAUACUAACAUCAAAUACAGUAGUGAGGCAGCAGGUGGCAUUGAGAUGGGAAAGUCCCUCUCUCGAUCAACUAUCUCACUACCCACCACACCAUCAACAACGCCGAGAGACCCUAAGCGACCCACAUCCACCGCAACACUGCCCAAGACACAGUCAGAGAACCACCUUCCAAGGCCUCCUGAUGAACUGCCGAAGCAGAUCUAUGAAAAUGUCCCUCCGGCUGUGAAAGAGAAGAAAACCAAAUCUGCCCUGCUGUCCCCAACCACUCCAACGUCCCCUACCUUCCCCCCCAACCCCCUGGGCUUUCCUUCACCGUCUCCAGGGGCUUCCAUCUCCUUCCCUCCUCCCCCUCCUCCCCCAGCCGCACCUCGCCCAUCUGUGCCGCCCCGUGCCACCUGACAGGAGAACUUAGAGUAGAAAAGAUGACUCCCAUUCGUGUCCGGUCAUUCAUGCGGGUCGAUUCUGUUGGUUUCUAUUUUUAGUCAUUGUCAUUAAUUUACAGACUUUUUUUUAUUUAUAUUAUCACAUUACUAUUAUUACUUAUGAUUAGAGUUAUUAUCAUUGCUAUCAUUAAUGAUAUUAUAAUUAUUUAGAUUAUUAUUAUUAUUAUUGUUAUUAUUAUUAAUAUUAUUAUCAAUAUUAUUGUUUUCAUCUCCUUUUUUAGGUCAAGAUUACAAACUAUGUGAAAACUUGGUUACAAGAAAUGGAUGUCCCACAUUUGAUUUAAUAUAUAAAAAAGCUUUCUGCUCUUGAAUUUAUCAAGUAGAAAGCUGAUAAAAUAUAUACCAUCCAUAAAUUUCAGAAAAAAAAUUGUAUACACAAGUAGGGACUGAGUGGGAUAGUGAUGACCCCUCCCCUUUCAGUCAGUAUGCAGAUUAUGUAACUAGUCAAAUGCAUUUUCUGCCAUUGCAAUAUGUAUGAUCCUGUUAAAUGUACCCCCAUCCACCCCCACCCCCCACCCACCCAAAAAAAAAAAAAAAUGGGCCCACACAUUUGAUAAUUACUGGAUUGCAACAGUUUUUUUUCCUCAUAUUCCUUCCUUCCUUUCCCCUGCUCUCAUGCUGUUAUAUAACUGUCUCAGAGUUUCAUUGGAACCCUAUUAGUCUUUACUCAUAAAAAUAUACACAAAUCUGUUAAUGAAGAGCACUGUUCUCCAAUGUGAUUUUUACAAAUCUUUUUGUAUACAUUCCAAUCCAUUGUGUUUGUCUUUUUGUUUACAUUUUUUUUUUCAACUGUACCUAGUGAAAAGUUGGGCCAGUGGUUGUGAAUCACCCCUUUAUCACCUGCAUACAUUAUUCCAAAAUGUAUUAAGUCAGUAGAAUUACCACUUAUUAAAAAAAAAGAUCUAGCAGACUGGUCCUCACUAAGCAUAGUUGGAAUAUGCAAUCAGAUGAAGUGGAUCUCUUAUGAUUUUCCUUUCAAGCACUGUCCAUUGAGUUAGUGGCUCUGAGAUCUCUCUCCUUUGCAGGCCUGUGCACACUUCAUGAUAUGCUCCAAAAACGCCAAGGGAGCAAUUACACUGUCAUGCACUUUUCCCACCCUUCCUCAUCACUAGCAGAGUGUUAUAUAAAUGAUGAUUGCAUUAACAUCUUUUAAGAAAAUUCAGGUCAACUGGACAGUGAUGUUCUUGUGUUUCUGCACAUUUUGAGUGUGCUCAAAAGUUGAAUUUUUAGAUUUGUCAGUUUUAUAUGCAGGUUAUUGCAUUUAUUAAAAAUAUAUUGGAGAUGAUAACAAGCAAGUUCUGGUCAUAUUUGAAGUGCACAAGGUGAGGACUCUCCUUUUCAUGAUAACCUUGAUCUCAGUAUGACUAGCAGUAGCAUAUCAAGCUAUAUAAUUUUGUUCAUCAAAGUUUCAUUUGCUAUUGUAUCUUUAAAUGAAAAAGAAAGUAGCUAGAGUGAAGAGUACAUUUUUACUCCUCUAGGUGAGGUCAAAACAUUUAGUGUAAUUCUGAAAACUUGACUUUCCCUCUGUACACAGCAGACAUUUUAAUAUGUACCUAAAUCAAAUGGAUGUCUAAAUAUAGUGAUGUAUGAAUACACAGUAUUCAUUUUGAUGGAGAAGUAGCUGUGAUACCUGAUUUCAAGAACUUUUUUUUUUUCUUUUUUUUUCUUUUUUCUUUUCUUUUUUUUUUUUACUUCAACCUACCCAUUAGUGUGUAUACUCACCAGCUAUCCAUCAAGUUGAAAAACAAUGCUCAAGUAACUAACUUACUUCCUGUUAGGGGGAAUGUAAGGACACUAGCUUGUAGCUGGGAAUGAUAGAACAUUUAAACUGUUUCAGACACAUGAUUAUUCUGUUGUGUAUGAAGUUCAUGCUUCAUAUAAACAAGGCAGGGUUAGAUGAAUUUUGUUGUAUUGCAAGAGAAUAAGUAUUUUCUUGUACUUUUAGAGCUUGUGGAUCAUUACAGAGUAUGUUUGAUGUAUCAUUUCUUUGUAGUGUUUUGGAUGUUGAAUGAAUAUCUGGUCAUGCUAAGUUGAAGGGUACAGAUAGAACUACUUCUGCUAUACAUAACAACAAUACACAUUAUCUCAUCUAGUCUUAAUAUUUGCAUUUAUAUUUUUAUAUCAGUCAAAAGUAGAGUUGAAUUUUUUCACAUGCAAGGGAAAGCACAAUAAAAUAAAUCUAAAAAGUAAGUUUUUAUGUAAGUUUUGAAUUACACUAACUCAAUCAACGAUUAUAACUGUAGAAGUCAAAUGUAAUUAAUGUUGAAAGGUAGGUGUAAGUUAGCUCAUUUGUAAUGAACUAAUUUCCCUCAAAUGCUGAGGUUCAUAUCAGCCAUACCUUUGAACCAUGAGGAAAGUCCCCUUUCCAAUCCAUUUCCCUCAGAAACCCAUGUAAAAGGGAGAACUUUAGAAGUGAACCAAGGGUUGAGUGAUCCAGGAAAGGAGAAUAUCCAAGGAGUCAAAGGACACUGUAGCAAAAUCAUUUCAGGUUAACAUGUAGAUAUGGAAGAUAUUUGCCCCCUUUUCAGUAUAUAUAUAUACAUUUUUUUCUUCUGUUUGAAGGCUGUAUUACUCAGAUAUGUUCCAUAUGCAAUCAGGUGAGAGUAAAAAAGAAUUGGCCAAAGAGUGGUAAAUCAUGGCAAAGUAUGCACUGUUUGUGUGUAACUUGUGGUUAAUUGCAUUUCCUGAAGCCAAUUACCAACCUGUAUCAACAUUUAUAUGCUGCAUGGCUUAAAAGUGGAACUGCACACAUGAGUUCACUUGUUACAUGUGCCAAAAAAGGAAAAAAAUCUUAUGUACUGUUGUGCUGCUCUGCUUACAUAUUAUCUUGUUCUUUGAUGGCUGCAAACCUAGGCAUUAGAGACAUUACAACUUUGGUGUUGACCUUCAGUGUUCAAAGACAUGUUGUCUCUCGUUUUGCGUUAGAGAUCAUUUAUAUUCUUGUUUCUCAUGUUACUGUAAUUUCACCCCUUGACAUGUCUGUCUUAGAUUCUUCUUAUGCUUCAAUUUUCAUGUUGCUCAUCACUUAGUGUGGAUGAAUGUUUAGCUUGAGGAGAAAAAAAAGCUGAAAUGUUGUAUCUAGAUAUUGUAAAAUAGAAGAUGUACAAUCUAUUUCCAAGUUUGCCUGGAAAGAAAUAUAUAUAUACUAUGUGACACAGGUUAAACAGUAGACCAAUAGCUUUAAAAAGAUAAUUUCUUGGAUGAUUUUUGGUCAGAAAUUGGUAUGAGCUUAAACUCAUUUUGAUCAUAUAUCAUUAAAAGUAAUGGAUUUGCCUUGCCAUCAGAGUUACUAGAGGCCACUUGUAUUAUAGUCACAAAUAAUGCUGCUACAAAUGUUUGCUUUGUUUCUUAUGUGAUGUAAUUAAUUUAAUGUUUCUAUAAAUUUUGUAACUUCAAAUUUGCAUUGCCAUAUGUUUGGAAUGCUAUAUAUUUUCUUCAUUUUGAAUAUUAUUAGCAUAUGUGUUUUGUCUCUGUUAUAUUUUAGCUUUUAGUUGGGGGAGACAUGAGUAUAGUACUACUUAAGAAUAAUUUGAACAUAGAGAGGGAAAUAAAAAAGGUCUUUUAGUCAGGAAUGAUAAGGAUAUUUUUUACAGGCUAGUAAUAUACAGGAAUACUUUUUUAUGGAAAUGUUUUAAAGUGAAUUCAUGUAUUUAUAUUCUUUGUGAAAGAAUGUAAUGUGUGUAAUGUAAGUUUAAAUCUUCAGUUAUUGUACAUUAAGUGAUUUAUUGCUAUGUUAGUAUGAAUUUAAAGAAAAUUAAUUUAAGACUCCAGCAGAUUUAUAAUGACAAAAGGUAAAAUUAUAUAUAUAUUGUUAUUCUAAGACCUACCCAAAGAAGCUGGUGAGAUGCUACUGUAGUGUGUUGAAUGUUUCCGUUAGUUUAUUUAUCAUUGCCUUUUUAUCUGCAUUAUAUUUCAUCUGUACAUUUCAUCUGUGGCAGUAUUCUUCAAAAUGCAGCUCAGUGUAUGAUCCAUGAAUGUCAGUGCUUUCUGCUAGAUUAAAAUAUCUAUUUCCUGUUCUGAAAUAUACAGAUUUUAUUGUAAUUAC